AUGUCAUCCAAGCACUUGCUAGUGUUGCUCCUAGGAGUGGCGCUCUUCGCCACCACCGUCUUCUGCGACGGCCACCACCCUAAACCACCAAAAGAGCACAAACCACCCCACAAGCACCACCCUGUUGGGGGUCGUCGCCUCCUAGAGAACGUCAAAGUCGAGGACUCACAAAAGCCAUUCACCAAACCCAAGCCCCCGCACCACCCUCCUGAGCACAUCCUCAUCGAGGAGGCUGAAAAGGAGGUCUCCCACAAAAAGCCAUUCCCCGGAAAGAAACCGCCCCACCACCACCACCCGGGCCACAUGCUUGCCGAGGAAGUGGAAGCCGAGGAGGUGAAAAAGCCAUUCCCCGAGAACAAGCCCCCGAAGAAAGGCGAGAAGCCGCCACCAAAGCACAAGCCACCGCACGAAGGACACAUUCUUGUAGAGGAGGUGGAAGAGGACUCGAAGAAGCCAUUCCCCGGGGACAAGACGCCGAAGAAGGGCGAGGAGCCAAAGAAGGGGAAGGGAGAGAAGCCACCACCGGAGCACAAGCCACCCCACGAGGGCCACAUUCUCGUAGAGGAAGUGGAAGAGGACUCAAAGAAGCCAGUCCCCGUGCACAAGCCACCAAAGAAAGGCAAGGAGCCAAAGAAGGGGAAGGGAGGCAAGCCACCGCACGAGGGGCACAUUCUCGUAGAGGAGGUGGAAGAGGAUGCGAAGAAGCCGUUUCCCGAGCACAAGCCACCAAAGAAAGGGGAGGAGCCAAAGAAGGGGAAGGGAGAGAAGCCACCGCACAAGCCUCCCACCGAGAGCUGA